UGUUUCGAAAAGACAACGCGAAUUAAAUUAUUCCACCUGAGCGAUAAUGAUGGUGAUGGUGUUUAGACUGGCUUGUUUGCAAAACUGGAACGAGUGGGGAAGGAAGAUCGGCGAGGAAAAAACACACUGGGCUGAUGUUUUUCUCCCCUUUCUUCCUUUUCGGUUGGCUUCUAUUCAAAUUUGGGUCAGGGGUGAGAGCUCAACGUCACAAGCUUGCAAGAUGGCGCUCGAAAGGCUGUGAGAUGAGAAAGGGUGUUGAAUCGAGGACGCUCCUACCGAUGUUAAAGGUUGUGUGGAUGUAGGAAGACAAGGUUGAAAUGGAACUGCCAAAUCAUGCCAAACAAUUGCUGCUGCAGCUAAAUCAACAGCGAGCCAAAGGCUUCCUGUGCGAUGUGAUUAUCGUUGUGGAAAACGCCCUCUUCCGGGCACACAAGAACAUCCUGGCUGCCAGCAGCAUUUACUUCAAGUCACUCGUGCUCCAUGACAACCUGAUCAACCUGGACACGGAGAUGGUCAACCCAUCUGUGUUCCGGCAGAUACUGGACUUCAUCUAUACAGGGAAGCUUCUGUCCUCAGACCAGGCCAACGAGCAGAACUUCAAUGCCCUCUUGACGGCGGCAAGCUACCUCCAGCUCCACGACCUGGCGGCCUUGUGUAGAAAGAAGCUCAAGCGCAACGGGAAAGCCCUGCCCGGCAAGCCCGCUACACCCUGUGUUGUGCGGCCCGUCCGGAACCAGCGACUAGCCUCCACACCUGUCACCCAAAACCGGUUCCCAGGCACAACGGAGUGUGAGAAGAAGCCGUCGGACGAGCUGCUGAAGGACAAGCUGUCUGAUGAUGAGCUGUUCAUCAGUGGCCCCCUGCACCAGGCCUCCAUCAACUCCCUCCAUUGCUCAGUUGGCAAGAAUGGAAGCAAUGGCAGCAACGGCAACAUCAGCAGUGCUAGUGGUGGAGACCAGGAGCUCGGCCUGGAUUUGUCCAAAAAGAGUCCAUCAGCGGGCACUGCCACUGAGGAGGUGAGUCCCAACAGCCACUCCCAGGAAUCCCCUGAAUCUGCCUCAGUAUCCACAACCAACAGUGCCUCAUUCGAAGACUCAGCCACCAACCCCCAAAGCCUGGACAGUGCGGAGCCCAUGGACGUAGGGGGUGUCGGCGGUUGUGAGGAAAGCAAGCCUGUCCCGGAGCCUGUCCAUACCCGCAAGAGUUCCCGACAGGUUGCACGCAAGAAGGAAUGGCCCAAGAGAGAGGUGGGGGGCAAGGGCGAGGAGCGGGCAGUGCCCAAUGGCGUCAUUGUCGGGCCUGCGGCUGGCGAGCAUCGCUCUGGUAGUAGCGGCAGUGGUGGUGCAGGCAGUGGCAGCAGCUUUGCUUCAGACCAUUCCUUCCCAUGUAAAGAGGAGGAGGAGGAGGUGGAAAAUGGGCAGGAGCACAGCGAGGACAGCGGCCAGAGCGAUGGCGAAGGCAGUCAUCCCAGCGCCAACUACGUGUACCGGCAGGAAGGCUUCGAACCAGCCUUUGGGGACAACUUGUACGUCUGCAUCCCAUGCGGCAAAGGCUUUCCCAGUUCGGAGCAGCUCAAUGCCCAUGUGGAGACGCACACAGAGGAGGAGCUCUACAUCAAGGAGGAGGCUGCUUAUGUCAAAGAGGAGGAGGCUGAGGAGGAGGCAGAGGACCUGUCUGCACCCACAGCACCCACUGGCUUUGGGGCCGAGCCUCGGCCGUUUAAGUGCUCGGUGUGCAGCAAGAGCUACAAAGACCCAGCCACAUUGCGGCAGCAUGAGAAGACGCACUGGCUGACCAGGCCCUUCCCCUGCAACAUCUGCGGCAAGAUGUUCACGCAGCGCGGCACCAUGACACGCCACAUGCGCAGCCACCUGGGCUUGAAGCCGUUCGCCUGCGAGGAAUGUGGCAUGCGCUUCACGCGCCAGUACCGCCUGACGGAGCACAUGCGUGUGCACUCGGGUGAGAAGCCCUACGAGUGCCAGCUAUGUGGCGGCAAGUUCACCCAGCAGCGCAACCUCAUCAGCCACCUGCGCAUGCACACCUCGCCCACGUAGAAGCCAAAGACGCCGCUGUCGCCACUCGACGGCCGUGCUCCCCUCCCGAAUUUAUGUGCACGCAUUCGGAUGGCGGAGAUGCACACGGACCGUCCAGUGAAGAGCUCUCAGCAAGGGCCAUCAGCAUCGAAGCGACACCAACAGGAGAUGUUUCUGAAGUUACCCCUGGGUAUGAUUCGAUGCAGAGGUUUAUUUUACUUUAUUUUUUAAUUACUUGCUGUGAUUGUGACUGGGAUCCUGCAAUCGCAUCGCGACCACCCGAAGCUCCCAACCACCAAACCUCCCACAAGCUUCUCCUUCACCUACAUUCUUCUGUGUCAGCACCGUGAUAUUUGUUGGCUGUGAGGGUCACUCACUGUCUACAUAUAUAUGUCAGUCCUGUUAUAUAUGUCAGUCCUCCAGCCGAGCAAGUUGGUAAAUAUUGGCAAAUGGAUUCUACCGUACAUGUAGGCAAUAAUUUCAUUGCGAUUACGCUCCCUCAAAGCAUUGUGUUACAAUUGACGCAUAAGUGUCAACAGUGUGGGCCGGGCCCAGGCUAUCGCAUUAGGAGCUUGGUGUGGUCUUCUUAACUGUGGUCAGAUUAUUUUAGUAUUCCAAACAUGCACAUCCUUCUCACAGUUGUUUGAUAGUGCUUUUAAAAGUAAGGGGUGGAGUUGUCUUUGAUAUGUUUUUGUUGUGAUGCGCUCAUUUUCUUCUUUUUUUAAAGCAAAUAGUAGAGGUACUGGAUCUUAUUGGAAAAAGAGAUGUGAUGUUUUCUGUGAACGUCUCUAAACUGGAAGAAUUUUGGGUUAUUUGUGGGAUUUGAGGUGGGGUGGGGGUUGCUUUUGUUGGUGUAGGCUAGACUUCCAGUUCUAUAGGUACAUUUUGUUUUUAUUUUUGUGUCUGUAUAGCUUUGCUCCCCCCACUGGAAAAAAAAGAAAAAAAAACAAGUCAGUUUAAACAGACUUGUUAUCUUGCUACCUCUUAAUUAUUCUUAAGAACAAUACAUUGAUUAGUGGAAGUUCCUUAAUGUAAUUAAUUGUAUAAAGUGUGUAGAAUAUAGUAACUUUUAACCUAACGCUUUAACCUGCCCAUCUCUCAACAAAGGUUUUUAAUGCUAGAUUUUAUGCGGUUCGUUUUUAAAGGAGGGAUUUCCUGUCAGAAGAGCUUUUUUUCAGAGGGGGUUCCUGUGAACUUGUACUGCCCCUCUUUGACGUACUGUACGUUCCUCGCCUCGCCUUGCCUGGCGCAAACGGUUGAUCGUAGGUCAGAUGUGCAUAAUUGUGUUCCAAAGAGCUAAUGAAUGUCAAGGAGGAAUGAGGUAAACUAACUUGCUUUGCUAGAGAAGUUCAUAACCAAAGUUGAAAAAGAGAUGUGCUUAAAUAUAUAGCAGACUAAAUUAUUUCGCUUUUAAUUUUUCUUUUACUUGUACAAAACAGAUUGUGAUUUUUAUUCUAGGUUUAGAAGAAAAAAAGAACUCUACAAUUAUUAAGUGGUAUAGGAAUUUUGACCAAUGACUAUUUAUGACCAAGGACAGUUUUUUGUUUUUUGUUUUUUUUUUUGUGGUUUGCUAGUAAAACUUCUGCUGAUUGGUGGGCUGGUAAUACUGUAAACUUUCAGAUCUAGAAGUUUACAGUGUUUCCUUAUGUUCCCUUUUAAUGUUACAAGGGCCUCAUCACUUUAUUUACCUGUCUUUAUCAGGAUUUUAUAGCAUUUCUGUUUUCACCUCAGACCAAAAAAAAAUUAAUUAUAAUCAUUUUUAAUGUGAAGUUCCUUUGUUAGUUUUGGGGCAGGCUUGUUAUGGUUGUUUUGAAAGAUGGGUUUACAGACACAUUGGGCUGCUUCUCACCCAUUCAAUCAAUAUGCUUUUCACCAGAUUGACUAAUUUGAAUUCCAUCGCCGUCGAUUACACCUAAUAACGGCAAUCGGGAAACCCGCUUAAAGGAAGACUGUUUGUUCCUGUAAAAUGGUUCUCGAAUCAUCAGCAGUUACUGCAAAGCAAGUCUUUAUGGAAAAUGUGUACCUGUCAGGCAGAAGGUGUCCAAUGUGUCAUAUGCCCUAUAAAAAUCUGUGGAGGGACCCUCAGUGCGAGUGUUUGGUUUAGGCAUUCCUGUUAUGUUUGAUUUCUCCUCGUUUGUCCUUGGGCUUUCCACACCCCUCCGUCUCAUGUUCCGUAGAAUGUCUUGUCUUUGGGAUGUAGCUGUGGUCAGACUUGUGUACUAUUUGAAGGCACCUGCAUUCCUGGAUUUUUUUCUUGUUAUUCCUUCACAUCCCUCCCUCAUAACUACCUCCAGUCAAAAAAUGUCCUUGAAUUAAGUGCACAAACCGAUCUCCUAUCAAACCGUGCCCUUUUCCCUGUUGAAGGCACAUGUGCUGUCCCACUGUGCUAGCCAUUGGGAUUCUAAUAUUGGUUGCUGCCACCCCCCUCUCCCCAAUUUGUGUAGCAUAGUCCUUUGGGCCCCAGAAAUUUUCCAGGCAUUUCCAAAAAAUACAAUUCCGCAUUUUCAAAUGAAAUUCCAUGCGGCUUCAUUGGAGAGUGAGUCCUGCUUAGGCUCUCCUGGCGGCUCCUCCCACCCCAGAUAUGUAGAUAACCAGCUUGUGUUGCCUUCAAACAGUUGUAUACCUGUCAGCACUUAUGCAGUACAGGCCGAAGUCUGAUGCUCUUCGGAGUAACAUCUAGCUCUCCACAAAGACGUUGGGCGCAGUCGAAUGAUGGUUUUAAAUUUUUUUUUUACGUUUAUUUUUAUUUUUGUUUUUUUUUUUUUAAAGAUGAACUCCAAACUGUGACAAUACUACUCAAAAACUUCAGGGAUGGUUCUGCACCUUUGAGUGCUGGACUUUCAGCUACAUUUGUAAGACAUAGUAUUGUAUCGAUUUUCUGUAUUUUAAUUAUGGGAAAACAAAACACUAGUUUCAUAUGUAAGAUUUUAAGAUGGGUUGGGGUCUACUUUUUUCACUUAAACAGAAGUCCUUGAUAAAAGGCAGGGCAGCUCAGAACAAGCCUACUUUUAGUCAUUUAGUUCCAGAAUGUUUUCAAAUAGUCACAAAUUGUAUUAAAAAAAAUUAAGAAAAAGCUCAUACCCAAAUCCACAAACCUAUUUUUUAAACCAAAGCACAUUUGAAUGAUUAUGGAACCUUGUGUGGCUCAAAAAAAGAUAUGUAUGUAUUUAUCUCAUUGUUUACAUAAACUUUUACAGUUUCAGACCUCAUUUGAAGUGAGACCAGUCAGGGUUGUGUAUGCUUUUCCGUAGUCUGCUGCCAAAACAAUAGCGACGAGCAGUGCUGCCUUGUGGAGAGCCGCCGCUGCCGCCACCGCGCAUUAAGGGCCAGCAGAGGCCGCUUGCCGGGGCCUCGCCCAGCUGCCUGGGCUGUCCUUUCACAUGCCUCUUUUGUGACCGCCCAAUCUGGCCCUCAGCUUCACUGAGGCACAUGGUUGCUGGUUGGGGGAGGGUGGUGUAUCUUUGUCCCCCCCCAUAAAAGAGUUUUGUUUCUAGUAGCUGUUGUGAUACUCAUCUUUGAUACCCCAAUCAUCUUUCGGUGAGACCCUACUGCUGCUUGAGUGUAUCCUAAAAACAUGUAAAUAAGCUUGUUUACACGAGGGUGGGGCUGUCAACGUAUACAUUGACAAUGGAACCUCCUAAAUAAUCCCCUCAGGAUUUCUUUUGAUUUGUUUAUAACCCUUAUACUAUCAGUGAUAAUGCUUACAUUGCAUGUGAAUCCUUUUUUGAUGGGAAAUGACUGUGAAUUAUUGGGUUUCUCUGUAGGUGUUCUGUUAUUUGAGUAACUUUCCUGAAAUGCCUGCUGUUUCUCUAUAGGAAAAGCAAACCAAAUCUCAGGCUGGACUCACUUCAAUCAAAGUUGGUGCAAACACUUAUUGACAGUGUUCUUUUUUUAUCAAAUGUCUAUUAUUGUCAGUGAUGAAUGUAUUUAUUUUCUUCUGAUCCUGUUUCCACUUUAGCUGAGAAUUCACUCUGUGUGAAACAAGGUGUUUCCAGGGUCUGUCUUGGUUUCUUUUUUUUUUUCCUUUUUUUUCCUCCUCUUCAGGAUUUCAAGCUGAGAAGCAAGACACACAGAACAUAGCCAUAAACCCAUAUCCUGUGAAGUUACGGCAGAGAACUGAGGCAUUUGGUCCCUCAAGGCCAGUGGUGCGUUGUGCGAUUCUGACUUAUUCUCUGACGAGACAUGAGCACUCUUUAGGGUUUUGUUGUGCGCUAUGGAAAAAACGAAUGUUUUCAUGGUAUUUACACAGCAUUUUUUCUCUUUUUUUUUUUUGAAUCUUUCACGUGACAAUUCCUUAGCCGACGUUCUGUCCUUCGGUGCCGGACCUUCCAGCUCGAGUGACGGAUAUUCCAAAUGUAGCUUGCUCUGUGUGUCAUCCGCUGGUUGGAGUGCUUUUGCACAGCAGAGGGUCAAGGCUUCAGUUUCAGUCUUUUCACCAAAUGAUAGAAGCAUCAGACCUGCUCUCUCUUCAUGCCAAAGGUCUUUGGGGAAACAAGGUGCUUUACUUCCAGCUCCCUCUGUGUCAAACGUCUUUCUUUUUUUCUCCUCUGUAAUGUGACUAAGUAUUCAUAUUUUUUUCCCCUCCCGGUGUGCAGAUGUGGAUGGAAAUAGCUUUAUGAAAUGCACUUUGUGCUUCUGUGAAGCUCCUAAGUUGCCCCUGAAUCACACAUACCAGUCCAUGCUCUUCUCAUUACCUCAUUGUAGUGCUGUAAUAUUUUUUUUGUGUCCUUAUUGUGUCAUAAUGCAGUGUUAAAAAGCUUUAACAGUAGUGAUAUCAGGGACUCAGGACUUAAAUUAUCACUUCUUUUUGAAAGCUACUCCACAUCGACCCACUUGUCUAUUGUUUGAGUUUUCUGCCAGAAACUGGUUUUGUUUCUGAUGCACAUUUUCGACUUCUGACUCUUUUUUUCUGUUCCCCCCCCCCCCACUGAUAGCGUCCAGUGACAGACCCCCCCCCCCCCUGCCUCUCUCGGCAGACCAAAACAAAGCAGGGUUUUUCUGCUUUUAAAGCUUUAGUGACUCUAACUCCUUACAUUUGUUUGCUUCCCACUCAUAGCCCCAUAGUCUUUGCUGCGAAAAUAAAAAUUUGAAUUUCCCUGAUUGGUUUCAACGACACUCAAAAAGUGUGUGUGUGUAUUUUAUUUUAUUUUUUUAAAACAAUAAACCUCAUGAUUAAUAGAAUGUGUGUUUUAAACCAGGACAAGACAAAAUAGCUGCUAAUGUGGUACUUGAAAAACACAUUUUUUUGGGGGUUUUUUUUAAUUGAAAAAAAAAAAUGCUACUGGUUUAUCAGGUUGUACAAUGAGGUGGCUAAUUAUACAUAAGAAGGGUGAAAUGCAAAGGCACUGAAACUUAAAUAGGCUGCCAUUCCUUUCUCUGUCUCUUUCUCUCUCUCACACACAGACACACACACGCAUGCACGCACACCUUGAGCACCUCUCGCUUGCAGCAGCACUCCGCCAGCCGAUCUCCUCAGAGCACUGAUUCAGGUCAGGGCCUCCGCAGUGUGGCCCCGUCAGUGUCAUAGAGUACUCCACUGUACAGCUUCGAGCUGAUCUCAGCGUUCAGUGUCUCAGUCUUAAUGUACAGCAGUGUGGGGAAAAAAAACAAACAAACUGUUAUUUUAUGAUCUUUUCAUUAAAAGCUUGAUCGAAAGA